AUGAGAUCAAACAAAUACAAAAUGGCCAGCACAAUGCUUAUUCUUGCGUUUCUGCUGGCAAUAGUGGUAUUAAGUGCCAUAUUGACAUUGUUUAUCAUACAGAAACACAGUAAAUCAACGACAAGAGUAACAAAAAAACACAGAGCAAAAACGAAAACGACAAACCAAAACCCAAAGCCUGAUCCAACACAACAUGAAUCAGAACCACAAGAUCCAAUACCAACACCACAAGAUCCAAUACCAACACCACAAGAUCCAAUACCAACACCACAAGAUCCAGCACCAACACCAUCACCUCAGAAUAGGCGUAGGCCUAGAUAUGUGCCUAAUCCAAGAUUGCCACCUACAAGACCAAGACGCCAACGUCCUCAAACAAGAAGGCAGCGUCUUCGACCAAGAAAUCAACGUCCUCGACCAAGAAAUCAACGUCCUCGACCAAGACGUGGUCAAGCACAAGAAGUAGAUGAGGAACCACCACUUGUAAAUGAAACAGUUGUAGAAGGAGAUGUUCAAGAAGAGGAGAAUGAAGAGGAGGAGGAAGAGGAAGAUGAAGAAGGUGAAGGUGAAGCUGACCAAGUUGAAGCUGAUGAUGAAGAGGAAGCAGAUGAUGAAGAGGAAGGUGAAGCAGAUGAUGAUGAUGAAGAGGAAGGUGAAGCAGAUGAUGAUGAUGAUGAUGAAGAGGAAGAGGAAGGUGAAGCAGAUGAUGAAGAAGAAGAAGAGAAUGAAAAUGAAAAUGAUCAGGAAGAUGUUGCUGUAGCAGAACCAAAUCAACAACAACCCAAUUUACUUUGGAGAAUGUGCUACAGAGUACGUGAUGCUGUGAAUUCAGGCAUCAGUUACUUUUAUCCUAGAUAA